CACGCCACGCAUCCCCCUGCGGGGAUGGGGCCCCCAGGCCGAGGGCCCUCACCAGCCUGUUCUCUGGGCCGGCGAGAACGAUUGGAUGCUUUCUUCCUACCUGAGGCCAGCACACAAGAAGGAAGGCAUUGGCUCCUGGUUCUUUCCGAUUGCGAAAGUCAGAUGGAGCCUGUUUGCCAUGUGAGGCCAUUCAUUCAAGAGGUCAGUCACCCCUGAAUGACAGAGAAGGCUCUGGACCUGGGCGUGUGCUAAACGCAGAGCUACCGGAUGGGCCCGGCUGCCACGGGCUCUGUAGCACUGCCUCCCAGGCGACAGCUGUGCGGACAACUCAGGUGCAAAGACCAUCCGGUGCUCCCCUGAGAGGAGGAGGAAGAGAGAAACCAGUGCUGCUCCCAACAGCAGAUCAGGCAAGUCCCAGGAACCCAGGACCCAGGGGGUCUUCAGGGCUUUGCAAAGGGCCAGGACAUAGGAGGCCAGGAGGGCAGCUGGGAGCAAAAGUCUUGGUUGUCAGAAACAUACCCCAACCAGGAGCAGGGGCAUGAACUACAGUGAGGAGGUUACCGGGGCCCCACUUGUCACCGAGGUGUCUCAGGAGCUGCUGGAAGAAAUGCUUUGGUUUUUUCGGGUAGAAGAUGCAACUCCUUGGAAUAGCUCCAUGUUUGCCCUGGUGGCCGUGGUGGUCGUGAUAAGCAUGGUCCUCUUGAGAAGGAGCAUCCAGGCAAACAGAAAUCAAAAGAAGCUGCCACAGGAAAAACAAACUCCAGAAGCCCUAUACUUAGCCGAGGAUGGAACCAAAGAAGACAGCAACCUGACCACCCUAAGAGAGACUUUGCUCUCAGAAAAGCAAAAUUUGGCCCAGGUGGAAAUGGAGUUAAAAAACAGUGAUGUGCCUCUGGCCUUUCCUCCAGACCCACGAGAAUCUGAGAGCUAGUGAGGGUGCAGGGCAGGGUCCCCGAGUUGUUAGCAGGUGGAGUGACCUGCAAUCAAACUAAAAUUCUGUUAUGAAAAAAAUGAACCAAAAUAACCCCCUUUUUAUUAAAACGCUUCUGGAUGUGGGCA